GAUGGUGAUAUCUUCUUACAAGACUACAAACAAAUGAACAAAAGCUUGAAGAUCUAUGUUUAUCCACACAGCAAAGAUGAUCCUUUUGCAAAUGUGUUAUUGCCUCCUGAUACUAACAGCAAAGGCAACUAUGCAAGCGAGCUGAUGUUCAAGAAAGCUUUGAUGGAAUCCCAUUUCGUCACCAAAGAUCCCAAUGAAGCCCAUCUUUUCUACAUUCCUUUCUCCAUCUCUUCCAUGAGGAGCGAUCCCAGGAUCGAUGUUCACGGCAUCCCCGAUUUCGUUCAGAAUUAUAUCUCCAAUAUUACCCUUAAAUAUCCUUACUGGAAUCGGACCGGUGGAGCCGAUCAUUUCUAUGUUGCUUGCCAUUCUAUAGGAAAGAUUGCAUUUGAGAAGGCGUUCGUAGCAAAACUCAAUGUUAUUCAACUCGUUUGCUCUUCAACUUAUUUUCCUUCAUCGUAUCUUCCUCACAAGGAUGCUUCUAUGCCUCAAGUUUGGCCUCGAGGAGGCGACCCUCCAAACCUUCUUACAUCGCAGAGGAAGAGGCUUGCAUUUUUCGCCGGAGCAGUGAACUCUCCGGUACGAAUAGCUCUUCUCAAAGUGUGGGCAAAUGACACUGAAAUUUUCGCGCACUUCGGCCGCCUCAACACCCCAUACUCCGAGCAAUUCCUCGGAAGCAAGUUUUGCAUCCAUGUCAAAGGCUUUGAGGUAAACACGGCGCGCGUGGCCGACGCUCUAUUCUAUGGUUGCGUCCCUAUAAUUUUAGCCAACCAUUACGACCUUCCGUUCACCGAUAUAUUGAACUGGAAAAGCUUCUCGGUAGUGGUUCACCAUAUCGAUAUCCCGGUUUUGAAGAAAAUACUUCAAGGAAUAAGCAACGAAGAGUUCGCGAUGCUACAAAGCAAUGCGCUGAGAGUUCGUAAACAUUUCCAAUGGCAUACUCCGCCCAUUGAUUUCGAUGCGUUUCAUAUGUCCAUGUAUGAGUUAUGGAAACGUCGAAGUGUUGUGAGGGUUAGAUUAACCCCUUCCAUGGAGUUUAUGUAGUUUUUUUUUUUUUCAAAGUGUUCUCAGUUUGGAAUUGUAUUUUUUUUUCUUUUUAAAUCAUUUUAACCAAUAAAUGAAUUAUGAUGAAUGAAAAGAAAAUUUUAAGAUUUUAGUUUUGUUUUAAAA